UCCGGCGGUUCUCAAAAUGUACUACUUUACAUACAGAAAUUACGUUACUUUCUCGAUCUAACCAAGCGAAGUGUUGCAUGACAAAAGUUUUCAGAAGGGGAUCAUUUUUGAAAAAGUUUGAGAACCACUGCCCGAUCAAUAAAAUAGUUGUAUAACGUGGAAGAUAAAACUACAAUUUAAUGUCACGAGGGAUAUUUUAGGGGUGGUCGCCAUUUUGUCGCGAUUGGCCAUUUUAAAAUCGCCGCCCUCUGUCGAAAAAGGCCCGAGCCGCAUUCUCCCUAGAUUUCGUACUUUUCCGUUUUGGUUUAGCGGUUUUUCUUCCGAUCCGCGAUGUGAGCACGAGUUCGGCUCUCGCGCCUCCGGCGCCGUCCCACGUGCGCCGUGCGCCGCCACCGCAUAUCUCCGGCCGUCGGUAUUGAUCGCGCCCGCCCCUCCGACCGCGACGCUCGCGUCCGGCAGUCUCGCUCGUGCGGCGGCAGUCUCGCGAACUCGGCGGCGACAAGAUGCCCUCGUGACCACCAUGUCGUCGAUUUCGGCCCAGGGGGUGGUGGAGCGCGCCUCGGCGGAGCUCUCCAAGCGCAUCAACGGCCUGGGCCUCCGCGGCAGCAAGCACCACUCGGCCAAGGGCAGCGUGAUGGAGCGCGUCACCAACGUGUUCUGCGGCGGGGGCGCGGCGGCCCCCGAGAAGCCCUCGCGGCUGGCGGCGCGCGCCAGGCCGGGGCCGGCGGCGGCCGCGGCACAGCGCCGUCCCCGCCCGCCGCCGCAGUACCUCUCGUGGGAGCAGCUGAUGCUCGACGAGAAGUUCCUCGGGAAGUUCUUCAUGUACUUCAGUGCGUGCGAGCGCUGCGUGCUGGCGCGGGUGUGCACCAGGUGGCGGGACGUGCUGUACAGGAGCCCCAGGUACUGGACGGGGCUGGUGCCGGUGCUGCAGUGCCGCGAGCUGAGGGGAGCGCAGGGCAACGAGCGGACGCGGUUGUACUCGUCGCUCCUGCGGAGGGGGUUCCACAAUCUGUGUCUGAUGGGGGCUUCCGACGAGGAUGCGAUUGAUCUGGUUAACUCGUUCCCGCUGGCGUCGAAGCACAUACACACGCUGAGCUUGAGGUGCUCGAGUAUCACGGAUCGGGGGCUGGAGAGCUUGUUGGACCACCUUCAGGCGCUCUACGAGCUCGAACUAGCGGGAUGUAAUGAAAUAACCGAAGCGGGAUUAUGGGCCUGUCUCAACCCUCGAAUAGUAUCGCUGACUCUGAGUGACUGCAUAAAUGUCGCAGACGAAGCUGUAGGCGCCGUCGCUCAAUUGCUCCCUGCAUUGUACGAGUUUUCCCUCCAGGCCUAUCACGUUACAGACGCCGCUUUGGGUUACUUCUCGCCAAAACAAAGCAACUCACUCAAUAUACUCAGACUGCACUCUUGUUGGGAAAUUACUAAUCACGGGGUUGUAAAUAUAGUUCACUCUUUACCGAAUCUCACGAUACUCAGCUUAUCGGGAUGCAGCAAGAUCACCGACGACGGGGUCGAACUUAUCGCCGAGAAUCUGCAGAAACUGCGAUCGUUGGACCUGUCGUGGUGUCCCCGUAUCACCGAUUCUGCCUUGGAGUAUAUAGCGUGUGAUCUCAACCAAUUAGAAGAGCUUACUUUAGAUCGGUGCGUUCACAUUACCGAUAUAGGCAUUGGAUACAUCUCUACAAUGUUAUCUCUCUCUGCACUGUAUCUACGCUGGUGUUCACAAAUUAGGGACUUUGGACUUCAACAUUUAUGUGGAAUGAGGAACUUGCAAAUAUUGUCAUUAGCAGGGUGUCCACUAUUAACCUGUAGCGGUUUAUCAAGUCUGAUUCAAUUAAGGCAUAUGCGAGAACUAGAACUAACGAAUUGUCCAGGGGCAUCAAAAGAACUUUUCGACUAUUUGAGAGAACAUCUUCCACGUUGCCUCGUUAUAGAAUAAGCGAAUCACCACCAGUCCACUUGUUAUAUUUGAUACUAGAUUGUGCAAUAACACUCGAUCCUCGAUGAUUUCAAAUAAAAUUCCCCAUUUCGUUCUUAGUUUCUUGAUAUUGUUCGUCACUUGUCUCGUACGUUUGAUUGGGUAUUAUGAUAGGUUUAAUUAGUUAAUGUGGUGUACAUAAGACUAUGUUUCGCAAAUAAAUUAUAAAGAUAUUUUAUAAA